GAAACCGAAAAGGCUCUAUCAAACGCCGACGGACGCAGAGCUGGAAUCCCUGUGCAACUAGCGGUACGCUAGAACCAACAAGGCUGCGGAUCGUGGUUUCGCGGUCCCUCUGAUAGAAAAUAUUAUUCCAAAGAGUGGCUGCCUAGGCUCGAAUAAUAAAUAGCGUGUUAUCCCAAAUUGGACAUAGGACAUAGCAACUACGCCGUAGAAGCACGCCUUUCCCGUUGCCGAAUGCUUGCUGCUUGCUGAGCCACGAUUAUGUGCUCUUGGCGCCUCAGGAGUAUAUGGAUAUAAGUCCUGCCAUGGCUGCUAGUCGAGAUCUGGCCAUAGAAGAUCACCGCUAACGCGGAUGUUGGUAGCUCAGCGUUCAACUACCCCGUGGGAAAAGGGAACUGUCCAACAUUUACGAUGAAACAAGGAUAUGGAAAUGUCACAUCGUCAAUCGUGUGACCGCUGCCGCCAGCAAAAGGUGAGAUGUCGUCGAGAUGAAAGCCAGAGGUGGAGCAACAACGCUUCCUCAGCCGAACAAGGCCCGCCUUCUCGGUGCGAAAGAUGCACAAAGGCGGCCGUAGAAUGCGUUUACAGCUUGAAACAGCGAUCAAAGAGCCGGAUCUCUCAUCAUCAUCACCAAGCCUCAAUUACAUCACAGGCCGGGCGACACACCGACCUCAGGCCCAGGAGCAACAGUUCAUGGGUGGAGCAAGGCAUUCGUGGACCAUCCUACCCCGGGGGGCCGUUGAUGAGUCCCGAUAUGUCAGUGGGAGAUGCCCUAGGCCAAUUCCCCUUCGACGAGAGCGACAUCUUCCAUAGUUGGGAUGCGGAUCUCCAAGGGUUCGCGUCGUCCUCGUUGAACUCUUUAUUAGCACCGUCCGCCUCGGACGCGGCGCUGGUGAUGCCUAUCUCCACUGCCCCAUCUUCCCACGGCGAAGAAGAUGAUAGUGAAUACGAGGACGAGGAAGAUGUGAGCGACUCUCCGUUUUCACAGUUGAUCGCUCUUAGCGACCGAGUGACUCGCUCCAUGCGAUGUCUAGCCCGACCCGGCCGCGCGCCCUUGACCGCGUCGUCACCCGAAAUCAACGGAGCGUUAGAGGACACGAAUAUCUUGAUUCGCAUCAUCAGCGGCCUCACGGCAUCGAGAGCGUGUGAAGAUAGCCAGAAUUAUGGGCUUGUCUUUUCCGCCCUCGCCUGCCACCAGCACCUCAUGGCGCUAUUUCGGGUCAUAUGCGAUGUCAUUCAUCGGAGCGUGCAGGCCAAAAGAGAGCAACAGAAGCAGCAGCAUGGGAGUCGGACAGACAUGGGCCCGUCGUCGGUAGCGCAAUUCGUAAUGGUGCUACAGCUGCUAACGCAUCUGAUCAAUCGCAUGGAUCGAAGUCUGUUUCGCGGCGGUCCCGUCGUCGCAAGGGGCUCUGUCGGCGGCUAUGUCACGCCCACUACGCCCGACGGUGGGGAUAAUCAUACCGUGACCUUCGGGACUAGCAUGGAUUGUGAACGCUCAUCAUCGCCCGAUGGGCUUCUUGUACGGGUGCAUGAAAUUGUGGGAAAGAUACCGAGCGAGCAUGAUAAAUUGAGACAGGCUAUUCGGAAGCUACAGACAGACAUGGAGCAUCCCGAGCUUCAUUAGCAGGCAGAAACGAAGGGUUCUAGGUUAUAUAUUACGUACUGUAGAACUAGAUUACAUAAUUCCAGGUUAGCCGCUAGCAAAAGGCCUCAUAC